AUGUGUGAAAUCCAAUCCCUUGUGGUUCGACCCCUAAAUACUACAAUUAUAUGUUGUGCACUUGCAACACUAGUUGUCUUAGGGAAUUAUUACUUGUACUCAUCCCAUAGAUGCCGCAUCAAGGGGAAUGGAAACCCUUUGGGCAAUGGACUCGGUCGAGCUAGGCAAACUCGACCGAUUGGUCAAGGAGAUGCUCCAAACCGCCACCAACAGAGACAAGGGAUUGUUCCACCACCAGUGCAGAACCACAACUUUGAGAUCAAGCUGGGAAUGAUCAACCUUGUUCAGAACAAGAUGUUCCAUGGAUUGCCAAGUGAAGACCCCAUUGACCACCUUGAUGAGUUUGAUAGGCUUUGUGAUUUGACAAAGAUCAAUGGUGUCUCUGAAGAUGCCAUCAAGCUGAGACUCUUUCCUAUGUCUCUAGCUGACAAAGCUCACCAAUGGGAGAAGAGCUUGCCCCAUGGCACAAUCACCACUUGGGAUGAAUGCAAGAAGGCCUUUCUUGCUAAGUUUUUCUCCACCGGUCGCACAGCCAAGCUUAGGAGGAGAUAUCCAGCUUCAUCCAGCGAAACAAUGAGACAUUCGCAGAGGCUUGGGAGAGAGGAUGCUUGCAGGUAUAGGGAGAUGCUAGACACAGCCAGCAAUGGGAACUUCCUCAAUCAGGAUGUAGAUGAUGGCUGGCAGCUUGUGGAGAACAUGGCCAUAUCAACAGAAUGCUAUGGAGACAUUAUGAAGUACAGACUGGAGCUCGACCGCGCACUCGAUCGAGCUGGAGCACAGAUGAGAAAAGACAUGCUUGCUCAACUCGAAGUUGGACAAACUGAUCCUAGCCCAAUUCCCUGCCAAGCAUGUCAAUUAUGUCUCUGGCAAAGCUCUAGUCAAAGACAGGAAGGGGAGGAGAACAACAUGAGGUUUGCUAUAUUCAAAAUAGACAAGGAGGUUAGGAAUCCUCAGCAAGGAUAUACAAUUGGCUAUGGACAACAACAUACUCCACCUAUCCAACACCUGCCGCAACAACACAGUGUCCACCAAGGCUUCACCCAAUGGCUACCAUACCCAACCAAGCCAAGAUUGGGAUAUGAAGGAAAUGCUCCAACAACUCCUACAAGGGCAAGCCAAAGGUUCACUGGAAAUGAACCACAAGUUGAACUCGAUCGAGCUGAAGAAACCGAGACUCAGAAGACAAACCAGAGCUCGAUCGAGCCGAGAAGAAACGACAAAGCAAGCUCCAGCCAACCAACUAAACCUGUUGCAAAGAAGAAAGACACUCCAUCAGGACCACCACCAUACAAACCCCCUCUACCCUUUCCAGGAAGGUUCAAGAAACAACUGUUGGAAGCACACAAGGCCAAGUUUGAUGAACUAAUGAGACAACUUGAGCUGAAGUUGCCUUUCAUCGACGCCUUGAUGCUCAUUCCACCUUAUCAGAAAUUCCUGAAGGAUGCUGUUCAGCAAAGAACCAGGGAAGCACAAGGAAUGGUAGUGUUGACUCGUGAGUGCAGUGCAAUCAUUCAGCGGAAGGUCAUCUCCGACAAAAAGGAAGAUCCGGGGAGUUUCACUUUGCCCUGCAUGUUGGGACCCCUAUCUUUCAAAAACAGCCUCUGCGACCUAGGAUCAUCUGUCAGCCUCAUGCCUUUGUCUGUAGCAAAGAGACUGGGAUAUCACAAGUAUCAAGCCUGCGGAAUCUCACUAGUCUUGGCAGAUAGAUCGAUAAGGUUACCAACUGGAAUGCUUGAAGACCUGCCUUUGAGAAUAGGGAAUGUAGAAAUCCCCACCGACUUCAUUGUGCUUGAGAUGGAUGAGGAACCAACAGAUCCAUUGAUACUAGGAAGGCCAUUCCUAGCUACAGCAAGAGCAAUGAUAGAUGUCUGUGAAGGCACAAUUGAGCUAAACUUGGGAAAGGACCUAAGAUGA